CGAUCUGAAAAGUAGAAAACUUUGGAUGUGCCGAGUAAAGAGAGAGCAACAAAUUUAUUGCAGAUUUGCAGCCACUAGAGAUUUUUGCAGCCUCCGGAGUUUUGACGCCGUCGUAACCACAUUACCCAGAUUUGGGAAAUUAAAGGGAACUGCCGCACUUGCUCCAGGUUCUUUAGGUUUUUGUUGGGUGCAACUAAUUGCCGCACUUGCUCAAUUUUCAAUUUCGGGAGAUUCAUUUAUUUUCAAUACAUGGAGGCAAAUUUUAUGAUUAUGAACUGCGUGUUAGAUAGACUCCUUGGCUUGUUAGAAAAUGUUCUUUAUGGAGAUAUUGAGUAUGAUGAAGGGGUGUGUCUGAUUUUUGAUCACGUAUAUGAAACUAUUAUGAAGCUCAGGUCAAUCCAUAAUUGCAAAGGUCAAAAUGAUUAUGAUGCGCUCGAGGUAGAAAUUUUUUGUCCGGUACAGGAUUUGGUCCGUGGGCCCCCAAUUUUGCCGAGUUUGAUUCCUUUGGAGUUACAAAACUUUAGAACAAACAUGUUGGGCGCUAUGAAAGUUCUCAUUGACACUCCGCCAUAUGCGCUAAAUGUGGUCUCUACAAUAAUUGAGCAAAACGCUGAAACACAGGACCACGCAUCCAAGGAGGGAUCAAGCGUUGACUCACAAGUUGGAGAUGAAGUGGACAUCGGACCUGAAGCAAUAAACAAAGAUGACGGGAGGUUCAACGUUGUGGGCAAAAAUGAAGGUCCUCUUGCAGAAGAUGUUGCUAAUGUCGACAAGCCAGAUCCUACUUUUCAGGAAUUUUCUACCUCAGCUGGUGUGGUCAUUGCAGAAGAUGAAAUUUCAAAAAGUGUUGACAAAGUGACAGAUGUAGAUGGUAAACAAGCACACUCACCUAUGUUGAUUGACAUCAUCAAGUUGUUUGAGCUUGUUGUGGUCAAGACGGAGCACCUGGUUUCAUCGAGAGCAACUACAUAUGUUCUGCGCCCCGUCUCAUCUUUCCAUCACUUUGCUUCAAGAUCAAAGAUGGUUGAAGAUUCAAAGAAUGGAUUGCUCCUUUGGUUCAGCAUUCUUUCUCCGGUCCUGAAGCAUGAGUGGGAGCCUCCACCUUGAGGACAAGGUGGAUUUUAAGGGGGUGGGAAUGAUAUGGAUAGUUAAUUAGAAUAUUUUAAUUAGUUAUAUUAUUAUUUAGUAGUUAAUUAUUAUUAUUUAUCAGUAUUUUAUAUAUUAGGGUUUUUUAUGGGCCCAAGCCCAUUAGGUCAUGUAGAAUGUUUGGUUUCACCUUGUUGAUGUCAAUUGAGCUAUUGUCAUGGAUGAUUCUGUUGUAUUCCUUCCAAAUAUUCCAAACGAUGAUCCCUGGUAGAAUGCUACGUCGUUCACCUUUUAGUGACCUUCUUCUGUGGGAUAAAUUUCAUUCCAUGAUAUGUUGGUUUAUUGUUAGAGAAUUUCUAGGGCCAGGACCAUCUACUGCCUCUGCAAAGAAAUGCCAGAGUUUCAGGCUCCAGAUACAUUGGAGGAAAACAUAGCCAAUGGUUUCUUCAUUAUUCUUGCAUAGAGGGCAGACAAAGGCUAGUUGUCUCCCCAUUUUUUUUAGAUUAUCUCGGAAUGGCAAAUAAGAGUUCAGGGCUCUCCAAAGGAAGAAUUUACCUUAGGGAUUUGUGCUUUAUUCCACAACAUGAGUAGUUGAGUUGAGUAGGAUUAGAGAGUGCAUAUGUUGUAAGCCUUUUUAAGAGUAAAUUCCCCCUCUCCCCAAGUGAUUUGGUCGCCUACCUCUGUAGUAUGUUCCAUGGCAGUGGUGUUGAUUCUGCAAAUUCCCCUCCACGUUGGUGAGUCAUAAAGUCUUUCCUUGAAAUCUGACUGCCUAAGGUAUUUGGCUCUCAUGAAUCUAGCCCACUUAGUGUUGUCAGUUUGAACUAAUAUCUUCUAGACUCCUAAGGCCAAGUCCUCCUUCCUUAGUUGAUACACAAAGGUUGCUCCACUUGUUCCAAUUGUAUUUUCGCUUACCAUUCUUGAAUCCCCAAAGUAAAUUGGCCAUCUUUUUUUGAAGAGUCUGAAUGAUGGAUUGUGGGAUAGUGUGGACAUCAGUGAUAUGAAGAGGUAUGGCAAAUAAUACAUGUUGAUCAACACAAGUCUCCCCAUAGGUUUUAAUGUGGUGCUAUAUCAAGUGUUUAAGUAUUUGUUAAAGUGGUUCAGGAGUUUGGAACAAUGCUGUUUUCUUAGUUUGCCUUUGACCAUUGUAGCACCUAGAUAAGUGAAUGGAAGUUAUGGAAGGACCCCAUGAUCCAUUCCUAGGCUUCUGGCCAUUG